UUAGGCGGCAUAACCUUAAAAAAAAAACUGAGUGUUGCGUGUUUUGGUUUCCCAGUGAAAAUGAUUGAAGAUAAGAAAUCGAAGAAUUUACCAUGGGUGGAAAAAUAUCGUCCAUCCACGCUGAAUGAGUUGAUAUCCCAUGAAGAAAUUAUUUCAACAAUUAGCAAGUUCAUCGAUGAGGGUCAGUUGCCUCAUUUGCUGUUCUACGGACCCCCUGGAACUGGGAAAACCACGACAAUUUUGGCUUGCAUCCGGAAACUGUACAAUCCGGGAGAGUUCAAUUCCAUGGUGCUGCAGCUCAAUGCAUCAGAUGAUCGUGGCAUAAACAUCGUUCGAGGGCAGAUUCUCACCUUUGCCUCCAACAGGACAAUAUUUAGUGGUGGUGGUGUUAAGUUGAUCAUCCUCGAUGAGGCAGAUGCAAUGACAAAUGACGCUCAAAAUGCCCUCCGGAGAAUUAUUGAGAAGUACACAGAUAACGUGAGAUUCUGCAUAAUUUGUAACUAUUUGAGCAAGAUCAUUCCUGCUCUUCAGUCCAGAUGCACAAGAUUCCGCUUUGCCCCUUUGCAGCCCUUGCAGAUCCUUCCGCGGCUUGAGCAUGUCAUCCAGGAAGAAAAAGUUUUGGCAACGGAAGAUGGGAAACAGGCACUAAUUACCCUGUCCGGAGGAGAUAUGAGGAAGGUUCUGAAUGUUCUCCAAAGCACCUGGAUGGCCUUCAAGGAUGUUACUGAAGUUAAUGUGUACACUUGCGUCGGGCAUCCUCAGAAGGAAGAUAUCAAGAACAUUAUGAAUUGGCUGUUAAAUGUUGAAUCUUUCGAGGAAACUGUAAGAGAAAUUAAGAAUCUCAAGACGGUAAAGGGACUGGCUCUUCAGGACAUCAUUACUGAGGUUCAUGGCUUUGUUCAUCGAAUGGAGCUGCCUCCGAGGGUUCUUUGUAUGAUUCUCAUCAGAUUGGCGGAAAUUGAAGAGAGAUUGGCUGCCGGAUGCAAUGAAAAUCCUCAACUUUCUUCCCUGGUCUCCAUCUUUCAUACAGCUCGUGACUUGGUAACCAUUGAGAAUUGAGAAGGAUUUAAGUUGCCGGCUCUUCAUUAAAUACCUUGAAUAAA